UUCGCGCCAGCACGGCCACUAUAACUGUUCCACCCCCACGUCCUUCUACCCCCGAGUGAACACGACACAACACAGCAGGCCGCGUUAUGCAGUCUUUGAGUUGCGGGCCGUGUGCCUAGUGUGCCUGAGCCACAUAUUUCAAGCGACUCUCGCCGCGAGUUCUCGUCUCGCAGUUCGGAAACUUUUUCACGGGUUCGAAAAAAUUUUUUGUUCUAAACCUAAUCGGUCCAAUCGAGGCAAAAUGUUGGCUAUGUCGACGCUGAUGAUGCCGGCUUCGGCCGUAACGGCGGCUAGCAUGCCAGCACCGGGUUUGUUGCCGGUGCCGAAAUUAGAAGCGAUUAGAAUCAACCAUACUCCACCGACAAGUACCAACGCGGCGAUGGCACCAGUUACGACGUCCGUCGCAAAAUCAGAACAUCAUCACAUAUUUGUAGGCGACCUAAGUCCAGAAAUCGAAACCCAAACCCUCAGGGAUGCCUUUGCAGCUUUUGGAGAAAUAUCAGACUGUCGUGUGGUUCGAGAUCCGCAGACGCUGAAAUCAAAGGGGUAUGGUUUCGUAUCCUUUAUUAAGAAAGGGGAAGCUGAGAGUGCUAUAGCAGCAAUGAACGGACAAUGGUUAGGCAGUCGGAGCAUUCGGACUAAUUGGGCUACCAGGAAACCACCGACUACGAAAAAUGAGGCGGCUGCAAAGCCUCUAACUUUCGACGAAGUAUAUAACCAAAGCAGCCCUACAAACUGCACGGUAUAUUGCGGAGGAAUAACAAAUGGCUUAACGGAAGAGCUCAUGCAGAAAACGUUCGCGCCUUUCGGGACAAUUCAAGAAAUCAGGGUAUUCAAGGAGAAGGGCUACGCCUUCGUUAGAUUUUCUACUAAAGAAUCGGCAACACACGCCAUUGUUGCCGUCCAUAAUACAGAUAUCAACGGUCAAGUCGUUAAAUGCUCUUGGGGAAAAGAAUCUGGGGAUCCAAAUAACGCGCCACCUGCAGGACAAGCCAUAUCAGGAACAACCUUCCCUUACAGCACAUACGGACAACAAUUAGGGUACUGGUACCCCCAAGGAUAUCCAACUGCGAGCACAUCCCAGAUGCAAGGCCAGUUUUUGGGGGGUAUGCAAGGAUAUGCUUAUGGGCCAAUUGGAGGCUAUCAAUCGCCCUCUUACAUGGGUAUGGGCUUGCAAGUACCGACAGCAGCGACAUCUUGGCAAAGCAUACCGGCACCGUCUCAGAUCCCAACGACUCCGCAACAGAUUACGGCGCCUGCAACAACACUUCAACAACCUGGGAUUGUCUUCCCUAUCCAGCAGUACCAGCUGGCCGAAGAUAGUGAAUGGUUGGCACCUAGUCUCCUGGUCUGAUUUUAAAACGGCGAGAAAAAUAUGUGUCGGAAUAAAAUCCAGCUACUGUGAAAAGUACCUUUAGGCCUCAUUUUUCCAGUUGUCUGUUCUAUGUUUAAUGGAUCAAAUAUGAAAAAAAUAAUGUCCCCUACCCCACGUUGCAGACGGACAUCAUCUGAAAUAAAUGUAGGAAAUAAGAAUUUAUAUUUGUAAAACAACUAAAGUGAGAUAUUUAAAUUUAAGUUUAAAAUGUACAAACACGAGUAGACUAAAUGUUAAGUAGAUAGGAUAAAUAAAAUACUAUAUACAUAUAUAUUACAAAACUAUAUGUUCUGGUGUGCAAACAUACUACAACGAGAGCGAGCCACCGGAUUCUAUACAGCUCGACAGCAAAACCGAAUGUACAGAUAAUCUUAAAAAAUGUAUAUAAAAAUAUAUCGGGUGCAAAUAUUUGAAGCUACAAAAAGUUAGAUUUUAUAAGAUGACAUUUUAGACAGAGCUUUGGUAAGUUGAAGGUCAAAAGGUCGUGAUAAUAUGUAAUUAUCUAACGUGAUAUUAAGAAAUUUUAUAUUAGAUAUAUUAUUUCAAGGAGAGGCAAGUUUUGAUACAAGAUAUAGAAAGCAUAACGCAUAUGUAGAAUAUAAUGGGUUAAUCAAUAUAUGGUAAUCUAUGUGGUUACAAAUUAUUAGCUAUAUAUGUUGAAUCUUGACGAAAUGUAAUGUAUUAUGCACGCUUCCCCAACUAGCACCUAUGAUAUUUAUACGACUGUAUUAAUGUUUACUGUGAGCAUCGCUAAAAGUGAUGUGCAAUAUCAAAGAUAUCACCUUAUAAUGUUGUUUCAUACAAUUGAAAAAUAAAUGUUUAAGCUUUGGUUUUGUCAGUAACGGCGAACGUAAUAUAAAAAGGGUGUUGCACCAAUUAUAAAUACCUAUAUUUAAAGUUGGUGUCACGCCCCUGAUAACAUACCAACAUAAUUAAAACACUAAGUACUAGAUGAUAAAUAAACAAAGAAGUUAUAGUGAGUAGUGUUUGAAAACCCCAAAAAAUAACUAUUGGAUCAAAGUCGCAAAACCUCCAAAAAUCUACAGACCGAAUACCUAUCAAUCUUUUCUUCUGCGGCUCAUGUUCGUUUUGAAAACAUAAUCAUGAGUUUUUCUUAAAAAAUAUCAUUCACUGUGAUUGUUAAAAUAAUCAUAUAAUGUGAUUAGAAACGUAACCAAAUUCGAACGACCAAUUUCUUAGGCACAUUAGAAUACAAAAAAAAAACACUGUAGAACUUUUAGAAGGAACUAGGAAGAUCAAGUAAAUUUUUUAAGCGAAUCAAAUGUAGACGCAACAUUAUUUUUUAUAAACCGAAACAAACCUAUAUAAUGGCCUAGAUCGAUUAAAUACUCAAAAAUCAUUAAAAUUGAACAAAAGGAAAUACAUUUCUGUUACAUAAAUUUAAAUCGAUACGAGUUUUUAAAACUUACUUGAUCCGUGUUACUAGGAAAGAAGAACCAACAGUUACAUUACUUUGAAGCAUUCGACAUAUCACCAAAAUUGUUUCAUCGAUUUCAUCCACACUUUAAACUAUUUUGUUUUCUUUUGCGUUAAUAGCAAUUGCGAAAGACGGUUUUUAAAAAUCGGUAACAUAUUUAUAAAUUUUCUAUAAAACUUAGAACUUUGUCGCAAAACGUGUAGCUCAUCGUUUUCUUUUUCUAACAUCAACUGUCUAACCCUACGUGUGUUCGGUUCGUACCCGCGAAUUAAUAAACUAAUUAAGCGGAUUAUACAAUUUUAUAAAAAGUUUUAUAAAAAUAACAGUGCGCCAGUUGAACAUUUUGGGAGUAAACUACUGACUUAUAAUUGAUUAUAUCUUGAAAGUACAUCGUGAAAUUUUGAAUGCGAUAAAUAAAAAUUGACAUUCCAUUUCCACAACCGUAUUGUCAGGCAAAUUGGAUAAAAUUGUAUAUAUCACUACGAACUGUUAAAUCAAGUUCUAUCCGAGAUGAGCAUUUAAAAAAUGAGCCAAUAAUAGUAAUGGCACUUAAGAAACAUUGGCGCUUUACUAAUGAGUGGUCAAAAUUUGUUUAUUUAAGAUCGCUAUCAAAAGAGCAGCGGGAUCAAAUUUUGUAUCCACUCGUGGUAGGGAUAGGGUGAUUUGGAUAUGAACUUGUGAUUUGGAUGGAUAAUCAUAACUAUUUUUCAUUAAUAGUUGCUCUGCAUAGUAUAAGAAUUAACGUGCUUCGACACGAGUACAUAUGU